AGCGCUCACUAAAAAUAUACAACAACCAUUCGCAAUUCACAUCGCAUCACCCGGCUUCAAUUGUGAAUUGCACAUUGAAUUUUGAACGUCGUUGACGGAAUUAAAAAUAAUCAAAAUUCUAUAAAAUCUAGGAAGUUGUUUCUUACGUCUCUUAAUUUCAACUACAAUGAGUCCAGGAAAAGGUGAAUUCUAUUUGCGCUACUACGUUGGCCACAAAGGGAAAUUUGGUCAUGAGUUUCUUGAAUUUGAGUUCCGCCCCGAUGGCAAAUUACGAUAUGCCAAUAAUUCAAAUUACAAGAACGAUACAAUGAUCCGGAAAGAGGCGUAUGUGAGUCAGGCCGUGCUGAACGAAUUGAAACGUGUCGUAGAAGACUCGGACAUAAUGAAGGAGGAUGACGGUUCCUGGCCUGUACCUGAUCGAGUUGGGCGUCAAGAGUUAGAAAUUGUUAUUGGUGACGAACACAUUUCAUUUACAACCUCGAAAAUUGGAUCACUUGUGGAUGUCAAUAAUUCCAAAGACCCUGAAGGACUUAGAUGUUUCUACUAUUUGGUCCAAGAUCUGAAAUGUCUCGUAUUUUCUUUAAUUGGACUGCACUUCAAGAUUAAGCCAAUCUAAGUCUAAAAUCUCUCGUUUUCCACCCCCAUAUUUUAUGGACAUUUCUUUAAUUAGCACAUGAAAAAACAUCAAUGUAUUUGUAAUAAUUCAUUCAGAUGUGUUAUACACUCCUCUGUUGGAUGAGAUAUAAAAAUUGCAUGUUUUGUUUACUUCUCUCUUUUUUUCCUUUAACUGUAUGACUAGAUUUAAUUUUUGGAGUAAAUGAAUUUGUAUUCAAAGUUAUCAAGUGUAAAUAUUUGAAGGAAAGUUUCAUAAAUCGAUAAUGUUACAUUUCUACAAAA